AUGCUGAAAGUAUAUGUUGGCUGCAACAAGGGCGCCCAGUGGACUCCACUCCGCGAUCGCUCUGAUGCGACGAAGAAUCACGUCGAUGUCCCUCUGUCAGAAAUCGAGCCGUACGUUUCUGGGUCUUCCUCAAGUAUGGAAGUCCUGAUACGCGCGAACGAUAACAGGAAAAUCACCGAAAUUGCUGAGGACAACGAUCUUUUGUCCAAGUGUGACGCGGCCACGAAGGAACUCAUCCAUAGUGUUUUUGAGGGGCGCGGUCAGGAGGCAUUGAAAGUUGUCGAGGAAGUCCAGAGCAGCCAUGUGACCAGGAAAGUGAAGCACCCGCAUACCGAGAUGAUAGACUCGCUCGGAUGCCGGAGGUCCCUCCUCACAGGAACAGAUGCGGCUUUCUCCAGCAGCAUGGUAUCAGAAUUUAGUGUUCCUGCUGUGAAGGCGGGUGACGCAGCUUACACGAGUACACUAUUGCUACCAUCAACAGAUCCGAAACUCGCUCUACUACUGAUCGCGACUCGCCAUGGUUUCGACCUGCUACGGCUUUGGGAUGGCGCUGUCAUUAGACGACAUAUCGAGCCUUUCGGAGCGGCCAGAAUGAUAUUCUCGACGACCUUCGGUGGUUCCAGCGGAGGCGAAAUCUUUGAGGAGGAAGCUUGCAUGAGGAGGAUCCUUGAUUGUGCACCUGUGAGGGUUGAAUCGGGCUCACCACCUCGCAAUACCGUUGAUAACUCUGCUGAGAUUGCGAGGAAAAUCAACGUCGUUCAUAGCGACUCGGGGCGAAUGGGCAAGCUCACCCCGAGGGGUCUGCAGUUAUCCACGUGGGUCGAGUACUUCACUUGGAGUCCAGCGAUGCCCUCAAGCGGUUAUUCGGGCGCAUUACUCUCCGUGGUGUGCGUUCAGAGCGUCUCGGCUGGGGGUAAGGUUCAGAGGAAGAAGGAGAGCACCCAUUUGGAUCGUAUCGGUAUGGCGAUCGAUAAAACGAUUGAUGAUUUCGCCUGGAAUCGUCGGAAGGGCGAGUCGAUGAAAAAAAUACGACGAGCGUUCAGCGAACGAACCUCUCUGGAGAGGCCAAGUGUGUUGACGAGAGCCAGGGGAAGUAAGCCUAGUCGGGAACAAAGACUAGGAGCAAGGCGACUAAGAACUCUGCUUACUCCCAAGAUGGCGGCUCUCACGACGUGUCGAGCUCUGGCCGUUGUUGCCACUCAAAUAUCGGAGGAAGGAAACGUGCCUGUCCCGGCAAAGUGGCCUUCCGCGAUCAAGGAAACGCAAAAUGCCCAAGUCUCUGCCCCCUAUCGGACAAUAAUCAAAUCCAUCUUGACUUCGAGUCUAUACCACGCAGAUCAAAUUGGACUAUCUUACUCGGAGACAGAUGAUGUGUACGCUCCUAGAUGUAUCACAGUGUUUGACCCACCCACGUGCCAGGGACGUGAUCAGCCUUGUGGUACAAUAGCUAUCUGUGGUCCCGCUAUCACCGUAACACCGACUGACGUAGUACCAACUGGUGAUGGAACGUAUGAGCCUGCCUGUGACACGAUGUGCCAGAGUCUCAAUGAUGAGGCUUCAUACUGCAAGUGGUGGCUUCCUCGCCCUACUUGUCUUGGUGGCGAUCAACCAUGUGGUGAUCAAACUGUAUGCACCUCCCAGACGUGGCCUCCUGCUCCCACACCUUCUCUCCCAGCGGGUGCGCACCCCUACGAGUCUGCCCCCUGCAACGCCUACUGCGUCGGUCUCAAUGGGCCAACUUCGUACUGUAAGUGGUGGAAGAACGAGCCUGUCUGUCAGGGUGGCGAUCAAUCUUGUGGCCCAUCGGAUUGUCCCACCGGCACUCCUGCUCCCACCGAAGGUCCUCCUGAUGCACAUGUUGGUCCCAGCUCCAACUGCGAUGCUUACUGUACCGCUAUUAAUCCUGACCUUUCUUUUGAUCGCGUGUCGUACUGCAAGUGGUGGCUCCACGUGCCUGUCUGUUACGAUGGUGACCAGCCUUGUGGUCCGAGCGUCUGCAGCAACUUCGGUGAGACUACAACCCCGACUACAUCGAUCCCAUCUGUGACGCCGACUACCCAGGCUACUACUAUUUCCUCUGCGACAUCUCAGAUUGUCACCACGCAGUCGGCCACUACUUUGACUCCUACAACUCAGGUUGUUACUACUGUGGCUCCUACUACUCAGGCUGUUACCACUGCGACUCCUACUACUCAGGCUGUUACCACUGUGACUCCUACUACUCAGGCUGUUACCACUGUGGCUCCUACUACUCAGGCUGUUACCACUGUGGCUCCUACUACUCAGGCUGUUACCACUGUGCCUCCUACUACUCAGGCUGUUACCACUGUGGCUCCUACCACACCAGCGGGAACCACUGCGGCUCCCACAACUCAGGCUACUACUACUCCCUCUUCGACCUCUCAGACUGCCACCACCCAAUCGGUAACCACCGUGGCUGCUACAACUCAGGCGGCCACCUCUGUGGUUGCUACAACUCAGGCUGUUACUACUGUGCCUCCUACAACUCAGGUUGUUACCACUGUGGCUCCUACAACUCAGGUUGUUACCACUGUGGCUCCUACUACUCAGGCUGUUACCACUGUGGCUCCUACAACUCAGGCUGUCAACACUGCGACUCCCACCACACAGGCUACUACUAUUCCCUCUUCGACUUCUCAGACUGUCACAACGCAAUCGGCCACCACUGUGCCUCCUACAACUCAGGCCAUUACCACUGUGCCUCCUACAACUCAGGCUGCUACCACUGUGGCUCCUACUACUCAAGCUGUUACCACUGCGACUCCUACCACACAAACGUGGCCUCUGCUCCCACACUUCUCUCCCAGCUGGUGCGCACCCUACGAGUCUGCCCCGUGCAACGCCUACUGCGUCGGUCUCAAUGGGCCAACUUCGUACUGUAAGUGGUGGAAGAACGAGCCUGUCUGUCAGGGUGGCGAUCAAUCUUGUGGCCCAUCGGAUUGUCCCACCGGCACUCCUGCUCCCACCGAAGGUCCUCCUGAUGCACAUGUUGGUCCCAGCUCCAACUGCGAUGCUUACUGUACCGCUAUUAAUCCUGACCUUUCUUUUGAUCGCGUGUCGUACUGCAAGUGGUGGCUCCACGUGCCUGUCUGUUACGAUGGUGAUCAGCCUUGUGGUCCGAGCGUCUGCAGCAACUUCGGUGAGACUACAACCCCGACUACAUCGAUCCCAUCUGUGACGCCGACUACCCAGGCUACUACUAUUUCCUCUGCGACAUCUCAGAUUGUCACCACGCAGUCGGCCACUACUUUGACUCCUACUACUCAGGCUGUUACCACUGUGACUCCUACUACUCAGGCUGUUACCACUGUGGCUCCUACUACUCAGGCUGUUACCACUGUGGCUCCUACUACUCAGGCUGUUACCACUGUGCCUCCUACUACUCAGGCUGUUACCACUGUGGCUCCUACUACUCAGGCUGUUACCACUGUGGCUCCUACCACACCAGCGGGAACCACUGCGGCUCCCAGAACUCAGGCUACUACUACUCCCUCUUCGACCUCUCAGACUGCCACCACCCAAUCGGUAACCACCGUGGCUGCUACAACUCAGGCGGCCACCACUGUGGUUGCUACAACUCAGGCUGUCACCUCUGUGGAGGCUACAACUCAGGCUGUUACUACUGUGCCUCCUACAACUCAGGUUGUUACCACUGUGGCUCCUACAACUCAGGUUGUUACCACUGUGGCUCCUACUACUCAGGCUGUUACCUCUGUGGCUCCUACAACUCGGGCUGUUACCUCUGUGGCUCCUACAACUCUGGCGGCCACCACUGUGGCUCCUACAACUCGGGCUGUUACCUCUGUGGCUCCUACAACUCGGGCUGUUACCUCUGUGGCUCCUACAACUCGGGCUGUUACCUCUGUGGCUCCUACAACACCGGCUGUUACCUCUGUGGCUCCUACAACUCGGGCUGUUACCUCUGUGGCUCCUACAACUCUGGCGGCCACCACUGUGGCUCCUACAACUCAGGCGUCCACCACUGCGGGUCCUACCAUACAAGCGGGAACUACUCUGGCUCUCACGACUCGGGCUAUAACAACGGUUGUUCAUACCACUCAGAGAGCCACUACUGCGGCUACUACUCAAGUGGUAACUACAGAAGCCCAACCCUAG